AUGGAAAUCAACGAUAGAAACAACGCCGACUUUAUUCCUGGAACCUUUAAUAUCUACACCCAGUCGGGUCUCAAACACGAAGGAGCUGACCUGGUGGCCGACAACAGGCUCAAGAUGGACGGAGACAUUAUCUUGGUACCGCAGCCAUCAGAUUCGCCUAAUGACCCAUUAAACUAUUCCACCAAAAGAAAGCUUUUAAACUUUUUCAUUCUAGCAUUCAUCACAGGGUUCACGGCUGCCACCUCCAAUGACGCCGGGGCCACCCAGGAUGACUUGAACGAGGAGUAUGGAAUCACUUAUGACUCGAUGAACACCGGUGCUGGGGUAUUGUUCAUUGCUAUUGGAACCAAUACACUUUUAACGGCUCCAGCCUCUGCCUUAUAUGGAAGAAAAGUUUCAUACUUCUUCUGUAUCUUCGUGGGCAUGAUGGGGGCCGUGUGGUUGUCACGUUCCAAAGACACAGCCGACACCAUCUGGAACCAGUUGUUCGUGGGAGCCAGUGAAAGUUGUGCUGAGGCUCAUGUACAGCAGAGUUUGAGUGAUUUAUACUUCCAGCACCAGCUUGGUUCGGUGUUGACGGUGUACAUCUUGGCCACAUCGGUGGGAACAUACUUGGGACCAUUGAUAGCAGGCUUCAUCACCCAAUAUUGUGGGUUCAGAUGGGUUGGUUAUGUUGCUAUAAUCAUCUCAUUCUUUGUGUUAUUAGCAAUUUUGUUCUUGAUGGACAACACCUAUUUUGACCGAAACAAGUACAAUAAGAAGCUUUUGGAUGAGCAUAGGAAAGUUGACAAUAUGGACACCAAAAAUGACAAAGAACAUGAGGCAGAUUCGAGAGAUCAGGGCCAAAUAAAUGUGGUUGAAACCUACCAGGAAUCGUUUGUAUCUGAGAACGGGGCAAAGGAGACAAAAAACUCCUACUGGUACGACAAGAAGUUGGUCCGUAGAGCCCCAAAUGUAAUAGGAACCGGGUUCAAGCAGUACAUGAAGUUGUUGUUUAUGAUGUUCAGGGUGUUUUUGUUUCCCGGGGUGAUCUUCUCAGGGUUUAUCUGGGGAUUGCAAGAUGCGUUAUUGACGUUUUACUUGACGGUGGAAGACGACCAGUACUACGAUCCUCCCUACAGCUAUAGUGAUACGGGAGUGGCAUUAAUGAAUAUUCCCUGCUUAAUUGGAGCUAUCAUUGGAUGCUUUUUUGCUGGGGUGCUUUCGGAUAAGUUUUCUCUCUGGAUGGCCAGGAGAAACAACGGUAUUCAGGAAGCUGAGUCCAGAUUGUACUUUUUAUUUGUACCUGGGGUAUUGUCACCAGUGGGACUUAUCUUAUUUGCGGUAGGAACCGAUCAACACUGGCCUUGGUUCCCAACAUACUUUGGGUUGGUGUUGAUUGGGUUCGGGUUCGGUGCUGCUGGGGAUGUGGCAUUGGGAUAUCUUAUGGACGCCUACCCCGAUAUGGUUAUCGAGAUGAUGUGUGGAGUUUCGGUUAUCAACAAUUACAUUGGAAUGAUCUUCACCUUUGCCUGUUCCCCAUGGUUGGAUGCAAUGGGUAACACCCAUACGUUUAUUAUUCUUGCGGUGAUUGAGUUUGUGGCAUCGAUGUUUGCAGCCGUCAUGAUAUACUACGGGAAAACUAUCAGAAUUAAGACCACCAGAUGGUACUUGGAUUACUGCCGACUUAGAGAUGGGAUUUAA